AUGUGGCUGGAGCUGUACUACCAGGACAGCCAGCGUGACGUGGAGGACAUUGUCAAAAAGGGAUCGGUGCUGAUUGUCUACACCAGAGGCCUCAACUGCUCUCCAACUGCUAACGAAACCCGCGCCCUCAGCCUCAACCGAUCGGUCGCCUUUAUCAAAACCAAGCAGUUCGCUGCUGCCCUUGCCGAUUCCAAUUCCGCGAUAGUAGCCACAGGGACCACGGAGAAGGCUCUUACCCGCAAGCUCCAGGAGCUGUACAGCCUCGAGCGGUUUCAGGAAUGCUGCGAGAUCCUCAAAGGUCUCCUCAAAGAAAACCCCAGCAACGCAGCGGCUCAGGAUGAACUCGCCCGAGCGACUAAGCGUCUCGCAGAGCAGGAAACCGGCAGCUACGAAUUCAAUAAAUUCCACGAAGCGGCAAACAAGCUUCGUCCGCCGCUCUUGGAUGAUGCAACCUACAUUGGCCCUGUAGUUGUCAAGGAGGCGGCGUCUUACGGACGUGGUCUGUUCACUACGAAAGAGGUCAAGGCCGAAGGUCUCCUGCUCUGUGAGAAGGCGUUUGGAUUUGUUUAUGCGGAUCCAGAGCACCGACGGGACGUGACCUUGGUAUACGAAAUGGGUACCAACCAGCUGUGGUUUGGCGCAAAUACAGAGCUCAUCAGGGUGAUUGCUCAGAAAAUGUACGCCAACACGUCAUUGACCUCUGUCAUCACUGACUUGCACGCAGAUGGAUACAGAUCUGCCGAUGUGGCGGAAAUGGAAAGCCAGUGGUCGACGCCAGUGGUCGACACGUUCCAGUUCGAGCGCAUCAUAGAUGCAAAUGCCUUUGGCAGCCAAAAUUCAGCGGCGCAGAAUCACAUCGAGGAGACCCUCUACAAACGCGAAGGCAUAGCAAUCAACCAAGGCAAAUCCAGCUUUCACUCCCUCGCGUCUGGCCGAUGA